AGUCCUGCUAUUUGGAUACAAGCCAAACAAUUAGGAAGGUGGUGAGCUGACUUUCUGUUUUCAUAUAUGUUCCUCCUCACAUGACCGGGGACCACGCUAUAUCCAGAAGCAGCUCUUUUGCCUGGAUGUAUAAGCAUCCAUGGCUUCUGAUUGGCUGUUGGGCAGCAUCUAUUUUGCAUGACAAUUUCACAUGCUGCGCAUGACGAGGAGCUGUUGUGUCCAUAAGGUGUGAGCAAGCACCUGUCUCUCAGGAGAGCGCAGCUCCUGUACAUGGACCACAGGGAUGACAUGCUCGCCACACUCCGAUGGCUUCAAGUGACAUGCACAAUGAGGAGGUUCCCAAUAACCUCCAGCCUGGGGACCUGAUUGAAAUAUUUCGCCCAGCAUACCAGCACUGGGCACUAUAUCUUGGUGAUGGCUAUGUCAUCAAUGUUGCACCAAUGGAAGAAAACACAGUUGCUUCAUUUUCAAGCGCAAAAUCUGUCUUCAGCAGAAAGGCUCUGGUAAAGAUGCAGCUCCUCAAAGAUGUUGUGGGAAACGAUACUUACAAAGUAAACAAUAAGUAUGAUGAUAAGUACACUCCACUCCCAGCAGAAGAGAUCAUCCAGCGGGCAGAGUUUCUUAUUGGGCAGGAAAUCUGCUAUGACCUUCUGGGAAAUAACUGUGAACAUUUUGUCACACUGCUUCGGUAUGGAGAAGGUGUAUCUGAUCAGGUCUAAACGGUCAAGUGUUCCUGUGCCUCUCGGAGUGGACGACGGGAUAGCCCCUGGUCAUCCGGGUAAGAUGAUCACCCUCACAUACACACAACAUGGCAGUUGACAUUAAGGUAGUGUCCCUGAAUGUUCAGGGCUUCAACACCCCAGAGAAAAAAGCCCAGCUACUUUACUCCCUCCAUAAGCAAAAUGUACACAUACUCGCUUUGCAGGAAACCCACUUCAAGGUUUAGAAACUUCCCUCUAUGGUCACACAGUCCCAACCCCGAAGCCAGGACGAAGGGAGUCUCCAUAGCAUUUCACAGGUCGUUACCAGUGCAGAUCACCUCCACUAAAUCAGAUCCCAAUGCUAGAUACUUGUUCAUCAAUUGCACUAUAGCGGACCGACACUUUACUGUGGCCUCCGUUUAUGCGCCUAAUCACGCACAAGUCUCUUUCUUACAUUCCACCCUGGACCUUCUACGAACCUUUGCGAUGGGCACUAUUAUCUUAUGUGGAGAUUUAAAUGUGCCGCUUUUUCCCUCCUGUGAUACCUCAACGGGGCAUUCGACGGUCUCCCACUCUAAAUUGAGGGCGUUGCGUAAAACAUUACGCAACUGAGCGAUGUCUGGAGGGCACUACACCCACAUGGUAGGGAUUACACAUUCUACUCGCACCCUAGGAAUUCAUACAGCAGAAUAGACUAUAUAUUUUUUCCGCAUCACCUCCUUCAACACGCCACUGUAGCCUCCAUAGGGGUUGUGACACUCUCAGAUCAUGCACCAGUGUUCUGUUCUUUUGUGCUCCCAUCCUUGUCCAAGCCCCAUGCUUCGUGGAGACUUAAUGAAUCGUUACUCUUGGACACGCUUUAUCUCCAGGACAUCAAAGACGCAAUCCUCCUUUUUGCGCAAGAUCAUGCCUCUGAUCAAAUGGCUACAACGGGGAAAUGGGACACUUUAAAAUGUGUUAUACGGGGUAUCCUGAUGAAGCAUGGGUCUAGGCUGAAGAGGGUGGCAUCUGUCAAAUUCCAAUCGCUACUUAAAACCUUACAGGCCUUGGAAACACAACAUAAACGUACACAACAAGAUCAAGUAUAUAGAGAACUGAUAAAGGUGUGCCAUGAUCUGUUAGACCCCAUGAAUGCAAAACACCGCUACUAUAGGCAACUCACUGUUAGGGUACUCUAUGAUUGAAGCAAUAAAUCUGGUCGCCUCUUAGCCUCUGCCCUUUAACACAAGAAGUCUUCCACCUUUAUACCAGCCAUUAGAACGAACUCAUGCGCCACCUCUUACCUUACCCCUGACAUCCUAGCCACAUUCCAUAAAUAUUACUCGGAUCUCUACAACCUGCCCAAACCGACUGCAUUAUCUGGCCAGACACAAAAUCCCCCCUCUCUCCAAAGAUACAUAGAAUCGACUGCGGUUCCCUCACUCACAGCCAGUUCCGCCCAGGCCAUGGAAGCUCCCUUCACACUUGAGGAGUUGGAGUCGGCAGUUUCAUCGCUGCCUGCGGGUAAAAGCCCGGGUCCCAAUGGAUAUACAGCAAAGUUUUAUAAAGUGUUGCGAUCGGAACUGUCAACUCCUCUCAUCAUGGCUUUCAAUGGUGUCUCUCAGACUACUCCACUCCCUCCCUCUUUCAUGUCUGCUUAUGUCACGGUAAUACCUAAAGAAGGGAAAGAUCAACUGCUCUGCCCCAGCUACAGGCCGAUCUCUUUGAUAAAUGUUGAUGCUAAGUUGUUUGCAAAACUCAUAGCAAACAGGUUGGCGGUUCAUCUGGGUUCUCUCAUCCACCCGGAUCAAGUGGGCUUCAUUCGUGGACGAGAGGCAAGAGACAAUACCUUAAGAGCCUUCUCCACCAUCCAUUGCGCCAAACAUCAUGGAAUUCCUCUUUUACUCUUAUCUCUCGACGCAGAGAAGGCCUUUGAUAGAGUGGAUUGGGACUCCUAACGGCCUCGCUCGUCCAAAUUGGCCUGGGUGAAUCCAUGCGACACCAAAUCAUGGCCUUAUAUAAAAAAACCCCGAGCCCAGCUCCGCAUUAAUGGCCAACUCUCUGAAAGUUUCCCCAUUUGCAAUGGCACACGACAGGGAUGUCCCUUGUCUCCCCUUUUAUAUGUUCUUUGUAUGGAACAUUUGCUAAUAGACAUUAGGCAGCACUCUGAUAUACGCGGGAUCUCUCUGCCGCCAUGCCAUUACAAAUGCUCGGCGUAUGUCGAUGAUUUAUUACUGUUCUUGUCUUCCCCUUUAGUUUCAUUGCCCUCCCUACUAGCUGUGAUAGGCAGAUUCUCAGAGGUCAGUAACUACAAACUCAACCCCUCGAAGUGUGAAGCACUGAACAUUUCUAUACCCCAACACACCAUCCGAUCCCUACAAGCUUCAUACCCGUUCAAAUGGCAGUCCCAUUCAUUACAAUAUCUAGGCAUUCAAGUCCCUUCGGAUCUAGCGGACACAUACCGCCUCAACUUCCCACCUUUUCUUUAAACACUGCGCUCCGACCUGGCCAGAUGGGAGAGCAGGGACUUCUCGUGGUUGGCCAGGAUUAAUGUGUUCAAGAUGAAAGUACUCCCAUGGCUACUGUAUCUGUUCUCGGGUAUCCCGAUUGCCUUGCCCCACUCAUUCCUACGGGAGGUCACUGCGCUGCAGAAUGGCUUUGUUUCGGCGCACCGCCACCCCGCCUAGCCAGAUAGAUCUUAAUUAGGAGGAAGGAGAAAAGUGGUCUAGCGGUGACUGACUUUACCGCUUACUACUUAGAUACCAUUGUAACUAGAGUACUAUAUAGCUUCCAUAAUAGGCUCGGGAAGCAGUGGGUGGCGUUCGAGACUAGGGCCUCAAAGAUUGACCUCAAGUCAUUGCUCUGGCUGCCAAGAGACAUGUUCACUAGAAAGUUGACACUAGCCCUCCCACCGGUGGCCGCUUCCAUGAUCGCUGCCUAUAAGACCUACCUGAGGCGCCUAUGCCUUAGGUCCACUCGUCCCACUGUUUGAUAAACCGUCCUUCCCGUCGGCUCAUAAUUCCUCUAUGUUACUAUCCCUUAAAAGGAGUGAUGCACCAUUGCCACGUGACGUCUUGACCUGGACGGGUCUUAAACACAUCUUAAAAAUUUUUUUCCAAGAUGUCCACCCCACGCCUACGCACCAAUUGCAAUACUACCAACUUAAUCACUUUUAUAAUGCCCAGAAGGAACACCUGAUGUUACAGAGAGAUCUCACUGCGUUUGAGCGUAUCUGCAUAUCCUCGGAUGCUACUUACAAGCCCGUUAGCACCUCCUAUGCUCUUUUAUUAGACUCCUACAUAAGCGACCCAAUGGUUUUCUGCUCUGCUUGGGAGAAGGAUCUGGGGUGCCCCAUAUCGGAGAAGGAAUGGAAAACGGCAUUCUCACGGUGCCGCAGGUCCUCCACGUCGUGCAAGUCGCAGAAGACAAAUUACAAGAUUCUCACUUCGUGGUACCGAGUACCCUCCCUUCUCGCACAUAUGUAUCCAAAUGUCCCGGACGUCUGCUUGCACUGUGGAGACCCUGGUGGCACCAUGACACAUGUCUGGCUUGAAUGUCCAGCCCUGAUUUCCUUUUGGUCACAGGUCCUUGAUAUACUAUCCAAAAUACUUACCCAUCCGAUCCCUAAAACACCUAAGUUGAUCCUCCUUUCCAUUCCCCUGACUUACCUUCCAAACUCAUCCAUAAAAUUGCUCUUACAUCUCCUAAUGGCGGCUAGGGUGGUCAUCCCUCGGUUAUGGAAAUCGUCCUCCCCACCUUUCAUUUUGUCCUGGCUUCGAGAGUUUUCUCACAUUCACAGGAUGGAGGAGAUCUUAGCUGACUCCAAAAAUCAACUAGACAGAUUCUACGUCAUCUGGAGACCAUGGACGGAGUUUAUGUCUUCCGUGGACUUCAAAACCCUUCAUUUAUCUGACUAGCUGAUUCCCCCAUAUCUUUAUCUGCUUAAAAGCCAUUGUUGGUUCUGCUGUGGUGUCUUGGGGUUUCCCGGUUCGUCUUCUCCGAGAGGUAAGCAACCAUUCUCUACUAGACCUCCCCUGUCUCCCUACCUUCCUGUUUUUAUUUUAUCUCUCUGCUACCUCCUUCUCUUGUCUUGUUCUCCUUCCAUCCAUCCCCCUUUCCCAUCCCCCCCUUUCUUUUUCCUCUUUCUUUCCUCCUCUCUUUCCUUUUCGUACCUACAUUCCUACUCUCUACUUUCAUUUACCUAGAGUUCAAGUAUACCCAUAGUUAGCGCCUCUAGAGGCUCCUUGAGCAUUCACUGGGUACCACAAAGUGCACGACCGCCUGAUCGUACACAGAUGCCAAAUUGGUUAUGCUCUUUUGUAUUCUUGUUGGAUGGCCUUAGGAGUUUCUUUAUGUUAUUAUGUUGACAUGUUUUAUGAUGCUCGAUAUUCUAAUUGGAACAGCUGUCCUGCUUGCUUAUUGUUCCUCGCCUGAUCUUUGAGGCUCUUGGUUCACCCUGAACACCUUCGUGUACGAAGGCUGUGUAAGACACUGUUUUUUCUGUUGUACUUUGUAUACACAUGACAAAAUUCAAUAAAGAUAUACUUUGAAGGAAAAAAAAACUCAGCACAGCCAUUAAUUUCUAA